AUCAGAAAGUCCGAAUUCAGAAACUCUUUUAAACUUUCACAUUGAGCACGGAGGCCAAGAUGCAACAACCUGAGGGAGGUGUGAAGCAUCCAUCCGGCCCGGCUAAUGUCACCAUCACCGUCCAGGACACUGUCUCCAAGACUCCUGGGGGAGAAUGACACACAUCUGAUGAAGCAACUGGAAGAUAUGAAAGAUGACUUACAGAAAGAGUUGGCAGCUCUGAUGGACUAUUAUGACAAAGACGUGGAAGGCACAGAAGAAAAGUACAAUAAGGAGCUGGAAGAACAGAAGGCCACCAAUAGAAGGGAACUGCACAAACAAGAAGCCAAAUUUUUGAAAAUGUUGGAAGAACAGAAAGCCAGCAGCAAAAGACAACAGGAGGAACAAGAGGGCAAAUUCCUCAGACAGCUGGAAGAACAGAAGGCCGCAUAUGAAAAGGAGAAAACAUCCAGGAGACAGAGUCCUUGGGUUUAUGCUUUUGUUGGGCUCUGUGCUGCUGCAGGGUUCCUUUCAGCUAAAUGUCUCACAAAAUAACAAAGACUGCAGUGA